AUGCACCGACACGGAGCCCACUCCCUCGCUGAGCGCGCUGCCUGGAGAGCUACUUCAAACCAACAUGUUCAUCUCUCAGAUGUCGGCGUUGCACGUCGUUAUAGUUACUCCAUUCCCAAACGCAGCGCGCCUGCAGCCCUUCCGCACGACGAUUUCGAAGUGGUCGAGCAUUGGACAAAGCGCCUCAUAGGAAAAUCAAAUCUCGACGGAAAGAAAGGAUGGAAGACCACGCAGGGUUAUGGUGGCGAGGCAAAGCAACUCGCUGCUUCACUCUCGAGCAAGAAGCAUCCUCUUGUCGGGUCUUCGAUGGAGAAGGAGCUGUUUCUCUCGGCACCAAGCUUUAGCGAUUCGACGUACUUGGAAGAGUUCGAGAGCCAGCCGAGUAAAACGUUUGAGCCGGGUACGUUGAUCGAGAUACGCAGGAACGACAUCGUUUCUCAUGCUAUAGUUCUCUAUGGUAGCUUUCUUGACACGGCAUUUAUUUAUUAUUCUCUGUCCGUGACGGGAGAACUUUGGCCUCAUACGGACAUGGACAUCAUGUUUGCCAUCUCUUCCUUCAUGGACCAGGAUCUCGUCGAGCGAUGUGGGCGAGAAAUUGAUGCCCAGGACGAGCAUCAGCUUGCCGCUCGUGUGCAUGCCCUCAAACGACUACGAGGCUUCGAGGUGGCGCUCGAACGCAAGACUAACGUCCUUUCUCAUUCGCUGGUGCCCCUUUACGAGAAAUGCUGUGCUGAAGAUCCAAAUGCUUGGUCCCAAGUUACAGAAAAUGAAGUUGCGAGGAUGGUUGAUCCUUAUUCCAAUCCGAUUCCGCUGAUGACAAAGUUUGUUGUCCACAAGCACCUUUUCAAGCAACACAAACACUUCGUUGCUGAAUCCAGGAAUUUUUCCUCCAAGCAGUCUUUUUGGGUCCGACCUCGACAUCAUUUGGCCGAUCUCAACCUUGUGGACACAAUGGUAUUGCGUCGGGAUCCUCGCUUACUUGCGUUCAUCGGGAAGGCAAAGCGGAAAAUUCUAGCAUCGCGAGCAGUAACCCUCGUAAGCUGGACCGAGCCUCCCUCCGAGCAGCUCGAUACGAGCAUGGAGUUCACCCCCGAUGAUCGCCUCUUCAUUCGAUAUUUCCAGCACGCUAAUCGUUCCAGACGAACGAUACAGGAAGAUCCAUACCAACUGGCCCAAUCUGAUAUUCUCAAGAGGAUUGAUCUGUAUACGGGAGACAUAGACGAUGCGAUGUGCUCCAAGUUCUUGUCCGAGAUAGGUGUCCUUCCUCCUUGGGAGGAUGUCAUUACGCGGGGAGAUUAUCACGAUACUCUUGAGACCCCUCCACUACGGAUGCCAAAGGACAAGCCGGGCGGGAAGACUCCUUCACUAGUCAUGCGUCCCCAAUCUGCUCAGCCGCUAGGACCGGAGGAUGUAUACCCUCACGAUAUCGCUGAGUCCAUUCGGCAUGACUUUGGUGACCUACCGGUCUAUGUUAUCGACGACGCGAUUGCGGAGGAACUUGACGACGGCAUCUCGAUUGAGAGCGUGCCUUCACAACCAGAACAUGCAUGGAUACAUGUUCACGUCGCAGAUCCCACGUCGGUUAUACCACCGACUCACAUUUGGGCGCGCCACGCACUCAGAAAGGUGGGAACUGCAUAUUGGGUCGAUCGAACUAUCCCUAUGCUACCCCGCCAUCCGCUCAUCGAUCAGUGCAGCUUGGGUUCUCGCCAAAAAAAUGGGAUGUCUCAACCAACUUUGACCUUCAGCUUGAAGGUCAAUGAGGCUGGACGUAUUAUCGACUACGCGGUGAGAGCUGGUCUGGUAAAAAAUGUGACCACUCUCACGUACGCCGACGUCGAUGCCGCCAUGGGUCAUUCUGGUUCAUCAUCGCAUUAUCCCUUCGGCAACCGUCCAACAUCCAUUCGUCUACGAGAUACUUCGCCUAUCGAUAUUGCAAUUUUGAAAGAUCUGACCGCUCUCAAAAACGUUGCUGGGCGUAUCUUGGCGGAUCGCAUCAAACACGGUGCGAUAGCCUACUCGAGAAAUAAAGUGGAAAUGUUCUUGCCCUCCAAGCCUUUACCUUCCAGAACCGCUGGUUUCUCUAGUCCAUCCGUUUUUCGAGGCUUCCCAGAAGUCAUAUACUCUGUGACGGAAACUCUGGCACAAGAUAGUGGCUCCAGAGGCAUGGUAUCUGAAUUCAUGAAAGCAGCAAGUCGUGUUGCUUCAUGUUUCUUUAGAGAUCGGGGGCUUCUCGGUCUUCGUCGAGCGGUUGGGACUUUUCAAACGGAGGUUGAAGGCGGGGUCGAGCAGUUGCUUGCUUCUCGAGAUUCUGCCGGAUAUGUCAAUGGCGCAGAUGUACUCCGUUUCCGCACAGUUACCCCAUCUUCAUGGUACCAGCUCACACCCGGCCCCCAUGGCAUCCUUGGUAUUCCUGCCAGCGACGGUUACCUACGUGUCACAUCUCCGCUACGUCGUUUCUCCGAUAUGGUGGCUCACUGGCAGAUCAAGCACACUCUCGUAAACUCCGGUUCUUCAGCGGGUAGCCCUUUCACCGAACAAUGGCUGUUAGAAUUCAUCAAAUGGCUCACCUAUGGCGAGGACCGUAUGAAGAGGGCUGCUGUGCUUCAGCAGAACUUCUGGGCCGUGUCAUUUAUUCAGAGAUGGAUGGCCGGUGAUGAUGCGAGGAACUUGGACCGGCCCGAUCCACUGCGAUCGCUGGUUGGUCGGAUAAUUGGGACAAUGAUCCAUAACCGCCACCUCGCAUCUGAUCAGAUUAACUUGGACAUACCUGCGCUUGGUCUAAGGGCGAUUCUGGUGGGUCUGGAUAAAUCUGACAAUUGCCCGCUCGGUGACGAGGUCGCAGUGAAGAUUGACACCGCGCGUUGCGGUCUCAGACCAUAUAUUACUGUGACAAAGAGAUAG